AAAACAGCUGGCUCAGUUCAUUCACAUUCAGUCGUGAGGCGCACUUUGUUGAAGCAGCAGCAGCAGCAUUGGUGACCGGUGUGCGAGUGAUAGCAGUGAUUAAAUACGAUUAAUUUGCACUAGUCGAGAACCACACAACGACAGGGACGUCACUGCAACCAGUGAGCACUUCACUGCCAAUCGAUAAGAUAAUCUAUCAACGGUUGGAUCCUCAGCCGCCGCAGCAACAGCACGACGCCGUUGGCCACAUCAUCAGAAUGCUGCGCAUCUGUGGCGUGUUCUUUGGGAUACUCCUGGUUCUGGUGGUCCUCAGUGGAAUCGAAACAAGAAGCCAGUAUCGGGUAGACAGCGACUUGACCGCUUUUCUACCUUUGAACGAGGGAAAUGAACUCGAAACCAAUGACAUAGGCGGUGGGGACGAGCCACCACCGCACACGGAGUACGCCAAAAUGGCGCGAUAUCUGGUGCAUAAAGCGGAAUGGGUUUCGAUGGGAUCGCUAUCCACCGUCGACGCCAUCAAGGGCUACCCAAUGGUCAACGUCAUUGCCGCGGCAGACAGUGCGCGUGACGCCAAAUCGACCGGAACGCUGUACUUCUACCUCACCAUGCUGGACUACACGGCGCAAGAUCUGAGCAAGGACAACCGUCUGACGGUGCUGCUGUCGUUGGAUCAGGAUCUGUACUGUACCAAGCACGGCAUCGAUCCAAUGGAACCAACCUGCGCUCGUAUCAUGAUUUCGGGACGUGCCGUCAAGCUGGAAGAAGGAACCGAAGAGUACAAAUCGGGACAAAGUGCCUUCUUCAGCCGGCACCCAGCAGCGCAGCAUUGGCUAGAUACACACAACUUCUUCCUAUGCAAGCUGGACAUUGUACAGAUUGCCGUAUUGGACUAUUACGGAGGACCACACUACGUCAGUGUAACGGAUUACUAUAAUGCCGAUUCGGGAUCGUCUGUUGCCAUUGCCCAAAAGCAAAACAAGCUUUCACUAGAGAGCGCUUUCGAGCCACAAGUCAUCUCCAACUCAGAUGACGAAAGAACCAUCACGGUUAAGAUUAAGAAGGAUUCACCUGUGCGGCGUAUCAACUUAGAGGUGUAGGUGAAGUAACGAGCUAUGAGAUAAGACUGUUCAUUUGUGUGAUUAUUGGUGCCAAAUAGCACAAUGCUGAAAUAAAAUUGUUGAAAUUAUAUGAGAGGUUGUGAUAUGAAUAAAAUCGGGCUGAAUAAACGCCACGCUUUUUCUUUUCACGA